GCGCAGACCGAGCAGACUCUGCCGCAGCGACUCAUCCUAUCGAUAAGGUUCAGUUAGCCAAGGUGGAGGAUGGGAAAAGAAUGGAACUGUCCCAGCUACUCAAUGAGAUCAGGGCAAACUAUGAAAAGAUCCUCACCAGAAAUCAGAUAGAGACGGUGCUCUCAACAAGGAUCCAGGUAAUGAUUUCAUACAGACAGGCACCUUCCAGAAUAAGGAGACAGUCCAUGUCUACCCAAUUCCUGUCCCGGCCUCUCUGAGCUAGAAGAAGACAUAAGCAAAAAAAUGGACAAAGAUGAAGAGGCUCUGAAGGCAGCUCAAGCAGAACUCAAGGAGGCCCGACGCCAGUGGCACCACCUGCAAGUGGAAAUUGAAUCUCUCCAUGCUGUGGAAAGGGGCCUUGAAAACUCUCUACAUGCCAGCGAGCAGCAUUACCAGAUGCAGCUGCAAGACCUAGAGGCUGUGAUUGAAGGACUAGAAAAAGAGCUACAGGAAGUAAGGCGCGGCAUCGAAAAGCAGCUUCAAGAGCAUGAGAUGCUUCUCAACACGAAGAUGAGGCUGGAACAAGAAAUAGCAACUUAUCGCCGCCUCCUAGAAAAAGAAGAAAUCAGAUAUUAUGGUUGUAUCCAAGGUGAGAAAAAAGACAAAAAGCCUACCACAAGUAAAGUUGGUUUUGUUUUACCAUCAGCCAUUAUAAAUGAAAUAUCUUUUACUACAAAAGUCCCACAAAAGUAUGAGAAUGAAAACGUAGAAACAGUGACCAAACAGGCAAUCUUAAAUGGGAAUAUCGUUAAGGAGAGCACUGAAGCUCAUGGCACUAUCCAGACAGAGAAAGUGGAUGAAGUUAUUAAAGAAUGGGAAGGUUCUUUCUUUAAAGAUAACCCUCGAUUGAGGAAAAAAUCUGUUUCUCUUCGAUUUGAUCUUCAUUUAGCAGCCACUGAUGAAGGGUGUUUACAGACUAAGCAGGAUAAUCUACCAGAUAUAGAAGUCAGGCUUAUCAUGAGAAGAUCAUGCAGUAUUCCCUCUAUCAAACCUCCAUCAACAGCUGAUUAAUCCAAAGAUAGUAUCUGACUUGAUUUGAAAAUGUUAGGAUGGACCAAGGUGGGCUAUACCAACUCCCUCUGUCCCAAAAUGUAAGUUAUUACAUAUGUAUGGAAACUGUUAUGAUCAAUAUGUGGUUCUCUUCAGAAGAAAAAACCAGUAAAGGACAUUUCUCUGAAUCUAAUUAUGGAGAUGAUAGACAUAUAUGAAUGAGAGGGAGUAGCUUAAAAAUAAAAUCACAAAUUCAGUACAGUCUAUUUCUUUAUAUUCUCCAGUCUUCUUUUUCCCUUGAAACUUCAUCAGAGACUGUAAGCAUUUAACUGGUUUAGUGAAGUCUUCAUAAUUUUUUUCAAUGGCUGAAUAUGCUAAGGAAAAAAGAAUUGUUUAAAUAAGAUUGUAUUAUAUUAAGAGUCACACUGAGUUAUUCACCAUUAUUCAAUGGCUGGUUAAACCUACUGUGUGUUCUAUUUUUCAAAAAGAGCAAUUAUAAACAAGUUUUUAAAGGGGGAUUCACCCGUUACUUAAUGAGGAUUCUUCUUUUUGAGAUAAUCAUUUGUAUACUGAAAGAAAUAAGAGUUAUUUCCAUGAGAAAUUCUGAGCGAACUAUGGAACACACCCCAAGGCUAAUUUGAGAUAAGUAAAAUUAAGUUAAUAUACAUAUAUCUAAAAGAUUUUUUUUGUAAUAAGUAUCUGAUUUCCAGAAGAUUUACUUUACUCAAGAACUUUAAAGGUUGUAUCCCCCACCAAAAAAAGAAAAAAAAAAUCAGAAGGCCAACUGCGCAAACAAAACAUGAAAAGCAAAUUGAAAAGGUAUUACCAUAGUUAUCAGAACAGUUAUCCACCAUCCCAGUUUUUCCAUCUGUAAAGAUAAUGUGAUUAGAGUGUUUGCUAUGAGCCGUAGAUAAGAUACUAUAUGAAGUAUUAUAAAUAUUUCUUGCAAUCAUUUAUGUGAACUAAGAUAAUGGUAUUGUUAUCUAAUGUGAACUAAGAUAACGGUAUUGUUAUCUAAGCUAAGAGUAUUUGCAGGAUUUGUUUUUAAAUUGUUCAAAUUGUAAUAAAUAUGGGUAGAAAAUAUAUUUGUGAAUAAGUGAGGUAUUGUUGCAAAGUUUUUAAAAUAACCUAAUUUGUUUAAUACAGGUAUAUUUAAGAUCUUAAUAAAUACCUGUUUUAAGACAUUAGAAA